UCGCUACGUCACUCUGGGAUAGGCUGCCUGCGGGCGACCGAGCUACGCUGUCAUUCCACUGGGUUUCGAGACGAUUACCUACGUAUUUUCUUGGACUGGAUCCCCCCCCCCUCCCUAAGAAGGAGAAAGUAGCCUUGCCUGUCGCGGCUUUAGGCUCUGGGAUUACAGCGAUCGCCAGUCCCAACAGCCUUCGUCGAAACUGCCAGCGGGGAUUCAUGCUGUGUGCGUUAGCUAAAUGCGGUACGAAGCUAAAAUGAUGCCGAUGUUCCUGACUGUAUACCUCAGUAACAAUGACCAGCAUUUUACUGAGGUUCCUGUUACUCCGGAGACGCUGUGCCGGGAUGUGGUGGACUUGUGCAAAGAGCCGGGGGAAACGGACUGCCACCUAUCUGAGAUGUGGCGUGGAUCUGAGAGACCUGUAGGUGAUGGGGAGAGGAUGCUGGAUGUGCUCCAACGUUUGGGACAGCACAGAUCAGAGGUGCGCUUCUUUCUGCGUCACAACAGAGCUCCUAGCAGGGAAUCAGGAGGAUCAAGAGGCUCAGAUUCAAAGAGAAAUGGAGUGAAGGGUCCCCCAGAGAGAAGGAUGGAGAAUGGGGUGGCAACGCCCCAGAUGGACAUGACGCUGGCUGAGCUGCAAGAGAUGGCUGCCAGACAGCAGCAGCAGAUAGAAGCCCAACAGCAACUUCUUGCCUCCAAGGAACAGCGGCUGCGCUACUUGAAGCAGCAAGAGCAGCGUCAGCAGCAACAGGCAUCUGAGCAGGAGAAGCUACAGCGCCUCAGAGAGAACAUUGAGAAUCAGGAAGCUCGGCUCAAGAAGGUCCGGGCCCUCAAGGGUCAGGUGGAACAGAAACGUCUCAGCAAUGGCAAACUGGUGGAGGAGAUAGAGCAAAUGAAUAACCUGUUCCAGCAGAAGCAGAGAGAACUAGUGAUGGCUGCGUCCAAGGUGGAGGAGCUCAACCGGCAGCUGGAGUUGCUCAAAAAUGGCAAAAUGGAUAACUUCCAUGACAACCAGAGCUCAGUUGCAGAGCUGGACCGCCUCUACAAAGAGCUACAGCUGAGGAACAAGCUCAACCAGGAUCAAAACUCAAAGCUCCAGCACCAGAGAGAAAGUCUGAACAAGCGCAACCUGGAAGUGGCUGCUAUGGACAAACGGAUCAGUGAGCUCCGAGACCGGCUGUGGAAAAAGAAGGCAGCCCUGCAGCAGAAAGAGAACUUGCCCAAUGGCUAUCCUGGUAAAGAGAGGGCUUCAAAAGAAACACACCUUCAGGUAACUAAACUAGUAUUGCAGCUAUACAUAUGUACCUAUUUGAUUUCUAAACUGAAUGUGAUUUGGCUUCAGACUUUGUUAGUUUUUGCAUUUGUUAACUUUUGUUGCUCCAUUCAUUUGAUGGAUAAAACCUACAAUGAUCAUUUUGUUUUAAAGGGAAAUGAUAUAGGACCAGCUUUUGUUGAGCUGGACGUUGUGCACAGCUACUUUGUUUUUUGUUUUUUUUGUCUUUCGAAUGCAUCUUCCUCAGAAGCCAUGUUCUUGCUUAAGCCUCUGAAAGAGCUGCGGGCUAAAAGAAAAGGCCUUCAGCCAGGGAAACUGGCAGAGUGGAGUUCUUCAGGUCCAGAGCCCAACACUAAUGGUCACGGUUCUGCUUCAACACUGCCACGAAUGAACUCUCACUCCAGCUCUAACACAGACCAAGAUGAUUCAGAAUUGAAGAGGGACAGGAAAGUGCGUCCAUAUUCCAUGUUUGAGCCAACAGAGGCUCCGGCUACCUCCCUCCGCAAAAACCAGAGCAGUGAUGACCUUGUCAGGGAUGCUCAGUCGGCUCCCAAAGCUCCAGUCAAGGUACCUCCCCCUGUCCCCAGCAAACCGAAAGGCCCCGUUAUUGUUCCCUAUGGCAAACCAGGCCUCAACACAGGCACCUUCCCUAAAGCCAAGCCCCACAGCCAGCAGCCCCACACCGCCCAGAGCCGCAGCCCUCACCCACCCUCACAGAGCCAGACACUCCCUCUACCCUCCAAGCAGGACACUCCACCUGCAGCCACGGUACGGCCCUUCACCUCAGACCUCCCCUCCUCCAAAGAAGCCAACCUGAGUAAACCGCAAAUCGUAGCUGCCAGCUCCAUUUACUCCAUGUACACACAGCAGUCGGGUUCAGGAAAGCCUUUCCUGCCUGUUGUGCAGGGUUCUCUCAACAGGGCUCAAAACCGCACCAACGGAUUUGUCAGUGUGUAUCGUAAACCACUGAUCUCCAGUGGAGGCUCCCCACAUCCAGAGAAUCCAUACUUAGAGCGUCGCUCCCCAGCCCCAGAAACUGAACUUGACAACAAUGGAACCAACAACACAGGCUCCAGCUCAUCUGAGGGGCAGCAGCCAGAGACAGAGCGCAUCCCCCGGCCACUCAGCCCUACCAAGCUGCUUCCCUUCAUUUCCAACCCCUACAGGCAGAGCGAUGGUGACCUGGAAGCCCUGAGAAAGAAACUCUACAAUGCCCCUCGGCCUUUGAAGAAACGCAGCUCCAUCACUGAACCAGAGGGUCCGGCAGGGCCCAACAUUCAGAAACUCCUUUAUCAGAAAACUACCCUGGCAGCUAUGGAGACCACUGUGAACACACCAACCACUCCCACGUUUACUGGAGAAGCAGCGAAAGCGGUGGAAGGAUCAGCCGGACCACAUGGUUCAAGCCUUCCGACUGGCACCGAAAACUACCCAUCAGAGAGAGGACAAACUCAGGAACCCUCACAGACCACAGGUAUCAACACUCCACUCCCAGCCUUUACUGAACAGCCCUACACACCACCGGCCAUCCUGGAGACUGAGGAAAUUAUUCCCCCUCCUCCACCAUCCCACCCAGCCCCAAGGCCAGAUGAUGCCCUUUUCCCACCGCCACCACCUCCUGGUCUGGAGGACACAGAACCUAGUUUGCCCCCUCCACCUCCAGAAGGCUUCCUGGAAGAAUUCCCCCCAUACCCACCACCUCCAUACCCCAGCGGAGCAGAGCAGGACAGCUUUGGAGAGGACACCUUCAACAUGAAAGCACCUGAGGUCACUGGACAGGUCACUCUGCCACCGGGAAAGAGGACCAAUCUGCGCAAGCCUGGUUCUGAACGUAUCGAGCACAACAUGAGAGUCAAGUUCAACCCACUGGCUCUGCUGCUGGACUCUUCUCUGGAGGGAGAGUUUGAUCUGGUUCAGAGAAUCAUCUACGAAGUGGAAGAUCCAAGUCAGCCCAAUGAUGAAGGCAUCACUGCUCUACACAACGCUGUCUGUGCCGGCCAUACGGAGAUCGUAAAGUUCCUGGUUCAGUUUGGUGUCAAUGUUAAUGCCGCUGAUAGUGACGGCUGGACACCUCUUCACUGUGCUGCAUCCUGCAACAAUGUGCAAGUGUGCAAGUUCUUGGUGGAGUCUGGAGCAGCAGUGUUUGCUAUGACUUACAGCGACAUGCAAACGGCAGCUGAUAAAUGUGAAGAGAUGGAAGAAGGCUACACCCAGUGCUCUCAGUUCCUCUAUGGCGUGCAAGAAAAAAUGGGUAUCAUGAACAGGGGUGUGGUCUACGCCCUUUGGGACUACUCUGCUGAAAACCCUGAUGAGCUCUCGUUCCACGAGGGAGACUGCAUGACCAUCGUCCGCAGGGAGGACGAAGAUGAGAUCGAGUGGUGGUGGGCGCGCAUGGGCGACACUGAGGGUUACAUUCCCCGCAACCUCUUAGGGCUCUACCCCAGAAUAAAACCAAGACAGAGGACGCUGGCUUAAAAUACAGGAAUCCCUGCACAUUUCCACUCUGGCAGAACUUUGAACACACACAUAUGCACAGGCUUUAAUAGACUGGUGAAGAAAAGGACACCUUGUGAGAUGAUAAGAUGAGGACAGACCAAACAAUAUGAAGGAUCAAAUGUUUCCGGCACUUUUCUGUAUCGACAAAAGAGAGGGAGUAACCCUUUCUUAUUUUUUUCUUUUCUUUUCUUCUUUUUAAUUACAGGUCACACUGUGUACUGUGUGCUUAUGACACUAAAGGCUUUCUUUUCAUUUAUUUCCACUGCUUUUGUAUUUAGUGUCUGGAAUGUUGUCUGACGUCACAGUGGGAUGUAAAAGGAACAAACAGUAUUUUUUAUUCAUUGAAAGUGAUUUUUACACAUUGGAGUAGUCUUUUAAAUCUUAUGUCUGGAAUACUGGUUAUUUUUUAACAAACCCUACGACUCUGUGUUGCAUGAGGUUAAUGAGUGGAGGGUGAUGAUGAUGCUUUUGAAACACUGUUACUGUGACAAUCUUUCAGGGCGUAUUUGUCAUCGCCUGUGUUAAGUCACUGUGCCUCUGUACAACUGCCCUGGAGCUGUAAAGUUUCAGCCGUGACCACUGCUGUUCUGGCUAAACAAUUAGAAGAAGAAAUAACAGCUGGGGGGGAAUACAGCGCCGAAGCUGUUUGCUUUAUCUCUUGCUGUACGUUCUGUGGUCAAUGACACCUCAAAAGCUGGCUUGCUUUCCUGCAGUUGCACGUGGUUGAGAUGCCACAGAUGAUGUGUAUACAUGUGUUUGUGUCAUAAAAGUUAGCUAAAUGUCACUGUAGGAGUUAUUUUAUUACAAAACUUCAUAAGAGGCUGUCUGAGGACACAGGAGAAUAACAUGCAGUAUGAGUUUGAUACAGCCAUUCUGUGAAGACAAAGCUGUCACAAACCUUUUCCAAGUAAAAUCGAUUCCUAAAAGCAAAAAUAAUUAAAAUAAGAUGUAGCUUGAAAUAUCUCAAGACUCAGCUCACCACAUAUCAAUCAGUGCUGAUGUAUUUAUUUUUUUUGUUACUUAGCCAUUUUGUCAGAAUUGUAACCACAUAUGUAUUGUAGUAUUUCAAACAUUUACAAUAAAAACUUUGUACUAA